AGAGUCUAAAGGGAUUCACGGAGUUUAGGAAUUGCCUCGACUGGAAGAGACACGAUUUGCAAGCUCACGGGAAAGGUGUCGGUAUUAUGCAAAAUGUUCAUCCUUAAAUUCCAUGAACCUUUUUGGGCUCUCCUCAAAAUAUAAGAGACAACUCCCCGCAGGGACAAUACUUCUAUUGAGGGAGUGAGCAGAUACUUGCCCUCAGUAGAGAUAUAUAUACCAAUGGAGUCUUAGGUUUAUUGGUUUCUUUAUAUAACUUGGCAACAGGUAACAUUUGAAAGUGAAUGUUAUUGAAUCAUUGAUUGUGUUGCAAUGCAAUCAAAUUUGAAAUUGUGAACAAUGUGGAACUCAAUGGCUAGAAUGAAAAGUUUGAUGGAUACGAUGCUUCCAUUGCAAUACCACCAAGUCCAUCCUUAUGUUAGACAAAUAAGAACAUGCGAAUAGGUGUCUAUGGCUGCACAAUGGGCAUCCUUAUUAGUUCCGCUUUAUUGAGGACGUUAAUUAACGGCCAAACUACCCAAGCCGUGGAAUCCCAUAAAACCUGAAAUCACGAAGCUUAUUGGGCCCACAUGUUUAGUUUAAUCACACCAUUGAAGCAUGCUUUGAAUCCCUUUAUAAAAUCACCCAUUUUCUCCUUUCAAGCUCAACUCUCCCUCCAUUUUCAUCGCAACCAAAAAAAUGGCAAUCCCUUCACUUUCUCUUCUCUUCCUUUUCACCUCUCUUCCUCUUGUUUCCUCUUCCCCGGUUAAAGACCCUGAACUUGUAGUUCAAGAUCUUCACAGGGCCAUUAAUGUGUCUAGGAGGAACCUUAAGUAUCUCUCUUGUGCAACUGGUAACCCCAUAGAUGAUUGCUGGAGAUGUGACCCUAACUGGGAGAAGAACAGACGGAGGCUAGCCGACUGUGCAAUCGGGUUUGGCAAGAAUGCCAUUGGUGGAAGAGACGGUAAACUCUACGUUGUCACUGAUUCUAGUGAUGAUGAUCCCGUGAAUCCGAAACCUGGAACUUUAAGACACGCUGUGAUUCAAGACGAACCGUUGUGGAUCGUGUUCGCUCGUGAUAUGACCAUUCAAUUGAAGGAAGAACUCAUUAUGAACUCUUUCAAAACAAUUGAUGGCAGAGGUGCUAGUGUUCACAUUGCUGGGGGUCCAUGCAUUACCAUUCAGUUUGUGACCAACAUUAUCAUCCAUGGAUUGCACAUCCAUGAUUGCAAACAAGGAGGGAAUGCUAUGGUGAGGGACUCCCCGCGGCACUACGGUUGGCGAACGACAUCGGACGGUGAUGGUGUGUCCAUCUUUGGUGGUAGCCAUAUUUGGGUGGAUCAUAACUCGUUAUCAAACUGCAAGGAUGGUCUGAUUGAUGCCAUUUAUGGAUCCACUGCCAUCACCAUUUCAAAUAACCACAUGACUCACCAUGAUAAAGUUAUGUUACUAGGGCACAGUGAUUCCUAUAUGAAAGACAAGAACAUGCAAGUCACCAUUGCCUUUAAUCACUUUGGUAAAGGGCUCAUCCAAAGAAUGCCAAGAUGUAGACGUGGGUAUUUCCAUGUGGUGAACAAUGACUACACCCAUUGGGAAAUGUAUGCUAUUGGAGGGAGUGCUAAUCCAACCAUCAACAGCCAAGGGAAUAGAUUUACUGCACCAAAUGAUAUAUUCAGCAAAGAGGUGACCAAGCAUGAAGAUGCACCGGAGAGUGAAUGGAAGAACUGGAACUGGAGAUCGGAAGGUGAUCUGAUGGUAAAUGGUGCUUUUUUCACACGGUCGGGUGCUGGUGCAUCUUCAAGCUAUGCCAAGGCCUCUAGCUUGGGUGCUAGGCCAUCAUCGCAUGUCGCUUCGAUAACAACUAAUGCCGGUGCACUUAAUUGCAAGAAAGGCUCUCGUUGCUGAUAGUAAAAGUUAUAGAUGUUAAAAUUCGAACUUCAAAUAUAUAAAAUGAGUUCGAAUUUUUCUUUUUAAAUUCGAGUUCGAUGAUUACAACCUCGGCCUGUUACUCAAGGACUUUGAGAAAGCAAGUGCAGAUGUGUUGAUAUAAUAUUUAAAUAUCUAUAAAUUCUGUCUUUUACUUUAUUUUGCAUUAAA